AUGGAGGAUGAAUUUGAGGUCAAAAAGUGGUGUAACAACAUCUUGGCUAUGUCCCUUAAUGGAAGAAAACCAACUUUGAAAUGUUGUGAGAAUAUCUUGUCAGAUAUCCCUUUAUGGAAGAGGUCAGCUUUGCCUGUGCCCAUGCAUUGUGAUAUUCAGGCUGCACAGUCAUGUUCUCCUGGCUGUGGAUAA